UGAUGUCAACAGACAAGGACCACGCUACCGGCGACUGGCGAGAAGGGCCCGAUCGUCACGUUGUCGCAGGCGCGUAUUUAGUCAGCAUUAAACACAAAAUAAGAUUACCACAAGUCAAGGGGUCGUAAGGAAUUAUAUCGAAUAGGAUUAGCGGCCGUUGAUCCAGAGGUUUGGGCGAUCGAUGCCAAAUACAUCUAAGAGGUCAAUCGGAGAUCCGGAACGGACCAGUCAAAGUCAACAAUCUACGGAUCAUAGAACGAUGCCAAAACAUUGUGAAGUAAACGCAGCGUGGCGCCGAAGAUGGUCAAGUCGCCUCUCAUUUGACGGACAAUGCCCUCCCAAAUUGCCUCCAGUGACGGACAAAGGCGAGCAGAGACAAUUGAAUCGGAUGGUACGGGAGGUAAUGUUAAAGCGCCGUAUUGAUGGACCCAAUGUUAUCAAGUCACAGGACUUUCAAGUCGAUCCUCAGAUAGAGAGAAUCCAACGGGUCACCGUCAUUGACCAAAAGUCCUUGGAAGCGAUCCCCAAAAUAGGAAUCGGAGCUCCGGAUAAUCAGGAGUAUCGUGGAGUAACACCCGCCCUUAGCGAUGUCAGUGAUGACUCCACACUGACACCACGUGAACUAGGCGAAAGUUUACAGGCUUGGGAAAGCCGUGCUGCCGAGUAUGAGUUAGAAAAUUUGGUGAAUGAGGGUCAGCGUUCGAAAGAAGCCCAGGCAAAGAUAAAUUCUGCUAAUGAAACUCAGAAGGUUGGUACUAGUGGGCCUCAACUGAUAGCCCCAAACAUGACCAUUGUGGACCGUAAUAAACACCAGUACGGUGAAACCGGGGCUACACCAACGCGUCCGAUCAUUAAAUCUGGUCGCAUGUUUGGUUCCUUGGACCAGAUAGCUACGGAUCCGGAUUUGGAUCCACCACAUGGGUCCUGCUUUAAUUGUUGGGAAAAGAAGCAUCAUUUGAAAGACUGCCCGGAUCAACUUAAUACAUUUUGCCGAAACUGUGGAAGGAGGAACGUGCUCAUAGAUAGUUGUCCUAGGUGUGCCCGAGUGUUUCCUAAGUGGUUACGACGUAAAGCGGACUCAAAAAAUUCUAAAGGCUCCAAAAUUCAAGAGGCUCAGUGGACAAAAGGAACACUUUUAAGUGCUUCACUAGGAUCCAAUUUAAACCUCUACAAAGGUCAGCAACAAACCAAGGAACAGACGGAUUCCUCAUCGAAAAUUGUUAAGAGUAUUUCAACUCAAACGGAAGAUUUGGACCCAUUGGAAAUGUUAAAACGCCUCAAAGAACUUAAUGAACAUUUAAAGAAUGUUCCGGAAGAAUUAGCGAGUGCAAUCCGCAUUCAAUUUUUGGAGGGCCUUCGCCACAAGUCGUCCUCCUCUUAAGUGUUUUGGGUUCGAUAAUGAGUUGGUUUGGUUUACUUUAUUUCUAAGAUUGGCAUUUAUUGUACUUAUUUUCCUUACCUGUGGUCAUGUUGGAAGACCACUAUUCAUGAAUUCGUUUCUUUUAUAUUUUGUAUCUUAUUCU